AUGGGAUCGGAGAAUGACGAUACUGUCUCUCGAAACCCAACACAACCAAACGACAAUGAAGGAAGAAUUGUCUACGAAGAGGGCAGUAGGCACACAACAGAUCUUGAUACUAUGGAAGAUGAAGAACAGGCAACGCAAGGAAGAAGUGAGAAUUCUGAUGAAGAGGACAAUCUAACUAUCCAGCAACUGAGAGAACGCAUUGCACGAGACCGACAAAUCGAAAGAGAAAUAAGACGAGAACUCGAGCGAAGCAGAGCAAGGGAUGCAGAAGAAAGAGAAAAUGCACGUGAAUUGGAGAGAAGGUUGAAGAGACAAAGAGAAAGAAGGAGGAAUCGGGGAAGAGGAGAAAACCCAGAGCAUGAAGAACAGAGAUAUGAUGGCAGCAGGGGAAGUAGCUCAGAACGCGAAAGGCAAAGAAUUAGGAGAGAAACUAGUGUAGAGCGGGAUACCAGUAGAUCCUUAGAAAGAAGUAUGAUCGAACAAAGAGCACUAGAGGCGGUUAUGCAAAGGGAUAUAGAGCAGACAAACACAAAUCAAGCCAUAUUACAGCAAUUGGAAAAGCUAAAGACAUUGAUAGAAAACAAUGGUGGGCGAGGAGGAAAAAUGAAGUUAGCCGAAGCCAUAGAAGAAGCAGAAAGGUCUCCGUUCUCGCGCGAAAUACACCCGUUCCUGUAA